AUGGCCUCGGGCUGGUUCGGCAGCAAGGCCAUCGAGCUUAUAAGGGCUCGGUCGCUCUUCGUCAACGUCUCUCCGGCCCCGACGAACCUGUCCGAACGCCGCGCUGUCCUGCACGCCCUCAAACGGCACGGCCCAAUCGAGGUCUUCAAGAGGCUUCCGAGCCCCGAGACCUUUGUCUGCGCCCCGGCCAAGACAGAGCAUGCGACCGAGUUGAUCAAGCGCAGCCCCCUCACCUUCAAAUUCGUCUCGGAGACGGCAGAGUCCCUCGACGAAGAAACCAAGCCUGGGAUGCACGCCAUCGGCGUGGCGUCGCCCAUCAAGGUACACCAAGAGAAGGACAGCAGAGGCGCCAAAGCCCGCGUCGCGAAACAGGCCGAGCCGCAGCCAACCGACAUCGUCAAGACCUUUACGAUGCGCAUCAACCCCAGCCAGAGCUACUACGAGCACAAGACGAACAUCAGGCUGUCGCCGCACGGGCCGUGGCCCAAGACCGACUCGGCGCAGACGCGCCGCGAGGACCGCGACUUUGUGUUCCUGGCCCUCAGGGACGUCGUCCCCGGGACCAUCGCCCGCGCGGGCCUGUGCGACUGGCACACGGGGGGCCAGCUGUCCGGGGAGCCGGUGUCGAUGAGGGCGCAGGCGGCGGACGCCAGGCUGUGGCACAUCAAGGAGCGCCAGGCGCGCAGGAGGGCCGGGGGCAAGGGGCCGCAGGCCCAGCCGGGCGGCGAUCUCGCGGCCGUGACGAGCCUGGAUGCGCUGUGCGCGUCUAUGAACAUGUCAGAUUCGCAAGAGACGGCGUCAAACCUUCAGGAUGGGGACAGCACCGAUUCGGCUCGGGAGGCUGGGCCAUCAGAUCCUCCGCCCAAGGGCCCGGCCUGGGUCCGGCGCACGCAUUUCAAGUUGAAUCCUCUGGCAGACGGAAAGCACAGCAAGAUCGCUAAGAAGGACGUCCCAGGGGACCGGUAUCUAUGGAAGUCUGUCCUCAACAGCCAGGCUGACAACGUCAAGCUGCCGCAACCACCAAGAGAGCCGAUAGACGGCGAGAGGUGA